AUGAGCAUCAUGAGCAAGGCAAAAAAGAGAAGAACCGGCGAAGACUUUAGCCCACUGGCCCUCACGUGGGACAGUUCAGCUGAAAGCCUGGCGGUCUUGCUGCGUGGCUGGACCCAAGUUUGCCUUGUCACUGGUGGCCCUGUCCAUUGGAGAGAAUGGAACAAGAUGAAAUUGAAGACCGAGAAGUGCGAGGUCACCACCGCCGGGCCUGCUUGCGAGCUUGAGGAUAAGUGGCUCACCGGCGUGAGAGAUACUGCAGAUUGCCAGACUGAGGUGCAGGCCGCAGUCGGGGGGAUGUGGGGCACCGGUGAGCUCCCACUCGUUCCAGAAUCCAGCGGGCCAAUGAGCAAACCCCGUAGAAUCACUUCAUCUGAAACGGGUCCCGUCAUCCAUCACAUCACCCGGUUAUUUGUCUUUAUCUUACUUCCAGGAUAUUCUAUGAGGAUGACGCAGCUUCCCAAGGCAGUACUUGCCACAGAACCCCCCUCAUCCUCUUCCUGCAUGGAGCGGGCAACCAGCGGCUUCUUCCCCGAGGCCACCAACGUGAUGGAAACCACCGGAUCCCCAACUACCCAUGACACUGCUUGA